AUGAGUGCGACAGAUAAUAGAAUAUGCGAUAGUGCUAGGGCGUACCCCGCAGGCGACGCGCAGGCGCAGCACCCGGCGGCUGUGAGAAAUGGACGAGGGUUGCUGCACCAGGGACGGGGGCAGCGUAAGAAGCUAGUCCGCGGAAUAAGACUGAGGAUUGCAAGUUGGAAUAUAGGUACGAUGACUGGAAGAGGAAGAGAGUUAGCGGAUGUUUUGGAAAGGAGAAGAAUAAACGUGGCAUGUCUGCAGGAGACGAAGUGGAAGGGACGGAAAGCAAGAGAAAUUGGAGCGGGUUAUAAGUUUUACUAUUGCGGCAGUGAUGGGAAAAGAAAUGGGGUGGGUGUAGUGUUAGAUAAGGAGCUUAAGAACAAGGUGAUGGAUGUAAAGAGAGUGAAUGAUAGAGUAAUUAUCGUGAAAUUGUUGAUAGAAAACUUGAUUUUAAAUGUAAUUAGUGUAUAUGCACCGCAGACUGGAUGUGAUGAUAGUUUGAAAGAGAAAUUCUGGGAGGAUUUGGAUGUGGAAAUUAUGGGAAUACCAGAAUGUGAGGAGAUAUACAUUGGAGGAGAUUUUAAUGGACAUGUGGGAAGAAUGAAUGACGGAUAUGAAAGAGUGCAUGGGGGCCGUGGUUACGGAGUCAGAAAUCAAGAGGGUGAAGCUCUACUGGAAGCAGCCUUAGCCUUUGACUUAGCCAUAAUGAACACCUACUAUCAAAAGAAAGAACAACACCUUAUCACAUACCGUAGUGGUCAACACUCUACCCAAAUUGAUUACUUUCUCCUGAGAAGGAGUAAAAUACAUUUGGCUAAGGACUGCAAAGUAGUACCCAGUGAGAGCCUAGUUUCCCAGCAUAGGUUACUGAUUCUAGACUUAAAUCUUAAAGUACAACGUUUGCAAAAGAACUCGAAGCCCCCACCUAGAACGAAAUGGUAUAGAUUGAGUGAAAGGGAGUUGGCUGAGGAAUUUAGAAAAAGAAUAGUCGAUAAGAUGGUAGGAAUGGGUGAUAUGGCAGAGAUGAGAGUGAAUGAUUGCUGGAAUGAAAUGGCAGUAUGUGUAAGAAGUGUGGCGAGGGAUGUUCUUGGGGAAACAACAGGGAAAGGCAAGAUUGAUAGGGAUACAUGGUGGUGGAAUGAAGAUGUGCGAAUGAUUCUGAAAGAAAAGAAGAAUGCUUUUAAAGAAUGGAAAAGUGUGGAAGAGGGUAACGAUAGAGAGAAAGAAAUCAAGAGGUCAGCUUACCUAACAAGUAAGAAGAAGGCUAAAAAAGCAGUUGCAAUAGCAAGGGCCAAGAUACAAGAUAAAUUGUACGAUUUUCUUGAGAGCCCACAAGGCCAAAAAGACCUCUACAGAAUAGCAAGAGAGAGAGAGAGGAAUGCAAGAGAUAUAAAUCAUAUGAAAUGUAUGAGAGACGAAGCAGGAAAGAUUUUGACGGAUAACAAGAGCAUACAAGAACGCUGGAAGAACUACUUCAGUAAACUAAUGAACGAAGAGAAUAAUUGGAGUGGAGUGCUAGAAAAUGCUAGAAAUAACAUUGGUAUGGUGAAAGAGAUCACUAUAGAAGAAGUAAAAAUGGCAGUGCAAGGUAUGAAGAAUGGGAAAGCGGUUGGGCCAGAUGGUAUACCUGUGGAAGUAUGGAAGUUUCUGAAAGCGGAUGGAUGGAAGUGGCUGACUUUAUUCUUUAAUAAGUUGUUGCAAGAAGAGGCAAUCCCUGAGGAAUGGAUUGCAACAACUAUCGAGGAAUAA